AUGUCCUCUUACUAUGAGGACUCAGUGACUUUAGUGGCUGCCAAGGAGAUUCUGGCCUCCUUAGUAGAGAGUUGGGCCUUGUUCAGAUUGCUCUGUCUGAGCCAGAAUCUUUGGGCACAGGAAGGGUGUUUUCCCAUUCCUAUUAUAUCUGCCACACCUGGUUCUGUGAUUCCCUGGAAUGAGUCUGUGAAGAUCCUGUGUUGGGGGACUCCUGAGUCUUACUUGUACCAACUGGAAAUCCUGAGAAACUCCACAUUUGAGGUGGUAGAGAAGAAAUUGGGAUUUCAGGAGAAGGCUGAAUUCCUCAUUAGCCACAUGAAUACCAACACUGCAGGGCGUUAUCAGUGCCAAUAUAGGAAAGAGUACAAAUUAUCGGAGCACAGCAAAACCCUGGAGCUGGUGGUGACAGAUAUAAUGAACCAAGAUUACACAAUGGAGAAUUUGAUCCGUAUGGGCAUGGCAGGACUGGUCCUUGUGGUUCUCUUGGCCAUAGUCAUUGGAAAUUGGCACAGCCAUAAGGUUCCAAACAAGGAAGACUGGCCAGAUUUUCCUGAACUGAGCCGGAGUAAACACAAAUGUCAGACUGGACCUUUGGACAAAGCCUUAAGAGACACCAGGGCCUUGUGUGGAAAAGCAUACUGUAAACCUGGGAAUAAAAAGACCCUCCCCUCCUAGAAAAAGACUACGUUGUCUGGUAGCCAUGAUGACAAAAAGCCGCCGGAGCCGGUUUUUCACCCAUCAGCAAUGACCACUCCCCUCAAUGAAAAACGCCCUGGUGAUUCAACCAAUCAGCUCCUUGCUUCUAAAUGUCAGCCAAUCAGAAACGGAUUUACUUCAGUAACUGUACCUGUGAGUGACAGCCAACCUUUCAGAAGGGAAACAAAAGUAAUAUAAAAACAGGGAGGGGGACAAAACAUAAGAGACUCUUAAAUACAGAGAACAAAGAGUUACUGGAGGGAUUGUGGGAGCAGGGAUGGGCUAAAUAAGUAAGGGGCAUUAAGGAAUCUACUCCUGAAAUCAUUGUUUCACUACAUGCUAACUAAUUUGGAUGUAAAUUUUACAAAAUAAAAAAUAAAAAAUAAAAUAAAGUCCCCCUUCAAUAAACAUCUUUUACAGAUGAUGCCAAUCCACAAGAGGCCCUGAGAAUCCAUAUUUCCCAAAAACCCUGUAGGCUCUGCUCAGAGACUCAGAGGCAUCAUGUUUAGCCAGCAUAACUCCCUUAACAGUAAAAAUAAAUUCUGCUUUGCCUUUUUUAUUCCAGGCACUGAAUGGUGAGUGCAUUUACCUUUGAUAGUUCAUAUAUUGGGCUGAUUUAGGUUAAAUGGAAGGCGUGGCUUGGGGAAAAGAGUAUGAGGACUUAUAUUCCAUGACCUUCACCUCUAUGUUGGGCUUUAUGUUAGUCAUUUCAUUUACAAAAGCUUACUACAGCCCUGUGAAUUUUAUUUUAAUCAAUCCAUGUGUCACAUGAACAAACAGAGGCUUAGAAAUGAUAUGAUUUGAAGGGCGCCAGGCCGGCUCAGCAGUGGAGUGUGCAACACUUGAUCUCAGGGUUGUGAGUUUGAGCCCCAUAUUGGGUGUAGAGAUUACUUAAAAAUGAAACGUACUGCACACUACUGAACUGUACACUUAGACUUGGCGAAGAUGGUGAAUUUCAUGUUAUGUAUUUUUUUGCUACAAUAAAAAAGUAGUUAAAAUGGUAAAA